CUUUAAAGAAUAAAGGUGGCAAACAGACACAGACUUAAACCUGAGCAUCUAAAAUGAAGAGAAAUGACAGAUGCCUGCCCUCACAUGACAUUAUUCGCUUUUUUUCAUUGUGCCGUAAAGACAAACCGGCUCACAUCUGAAAUGCCAAGUGUGCGCCACUGUCACGUGGUGCGCUUUCUGAUUCCUGCGCUCUGGAUUUGUCUCCACUUUGCGCCGGAACACCAGACUACACGCACAGCAGCCACGCAAACACCAGCACAGUUUGCGGAGCUUCUUUUUCUUCAUCCUCCUCUUUCUCCUCUUUCUUCUGUUUUUUUUUUCCCCAUCUUCUCACCUCAUCCAGCCGAGGAGGAGGAUGAGCAGCGCAUCAGCAGCGUCCGGGCUUCUUCCUCCCCAUCCUCAUCCUCACGCUCCUCAUCUUCUUCUUCCUCCUCCUCAGCGGUGGUUUGUCCUCCAUGCCUUCGCCUGAAGAAGUUCACACGGUCUGAUGUUUCCUCUCCGAGUCGCUUUUGGGAUAGGAUGCGUCUUCUCGUUUUUGCGACUUUAUUUGGAGUCCUUUUCGACGCAGGAGAUGCCCUUCAGAUCCAGUGCUACCAGUGUGAGGAGAUGAAGCACAAUGACUGCUCCACACCGGAGUUCAUCGUCAACUGCACCGUCAACGUGCAGGACAUGUGUCAGAAGGAGGUCCUGGUCAAACCCGACGGGAUACAUUAUCGGAAGUCGUGUGCUUCAUCUGGGGCUUGCCUCAUCGCCUCCUCUGGCUACCAGCAGUUCUGCACCGGCAGGCUGAACUCGGUCUGCAUCACCUGCUGCAACACCCCGCUCUGCAACGGGCCCAAGAGGAAGAGGCCCAUCCCAUCAGCAGCCACGCCCACUCUGCUUCAGUCCAACCAGCCCCUCCUCCUCCUCCUGACACUUCCCCUGCAGCCGCUGAUGCUCCUCACCCUGACGUAGACCCGCAGUCCGCCAACACCGCCACUGUACGUCCACCCUGGAGUCUGGACCUGCAGCCCCUGCUGGACUCCAGAGGAUUUUUGGCUGUGUAUCUCCUCAGUGUCAUGAAAAACAAAUUGUUAAUCUGAUCGAAGCGACUCCAUGACCAGUGAGAAUGACAUUGGAGAACAGGAAGCACAUGAUGCUUUCUGAAACGCUGUCGCUGUAGACGGAUCAUCCAGGCGGAGGCGUCUCUCUCUCUUUCUCUCUUUCAGUUUCUUUGCUUUUUGUGAAGUGGAGCGUUUUGUGGAGAAGCUGCUCUCAAGUUAUUUUCUAGUUAUUACACGCUGUAAAAGGUGCCCGUAUUGUAGAAAAUCAUAUUUCUUUUUUUUUUAUUUUAGGGGCCAUAAAUUUUGCUUUUGGAUUCGUGAACUGCAUUUUCAGUUUUGUUUCCUGCUGGUGCUGUUGCUGUUGUCACUUCCUUUCCCCGAGAUUUAUAUUCUUCACAUGUCGGGAUGUUGAAUGCACUUUUAUGAAAUACAUUUUAAGCUGUAUGAGCUUUCCUACAUGUAUGUAUACUUUCCACUGCCAUACAGUAUUGGUUGACAUUUUAUUACAGGGAAUUUGAAAGAAGCUGAAAUUAUUUAGGAAAGCCAAUUUGCUUAUUCACCUUAAAUAACAAUCAUAUGAGCAAGUAUUAGGUAUAUUAAUGAGAAAUUAUAUUCCACAUAUUUUGUUGUAAAACAAGAUCUGGAGCUGAGCCUGAACUCACCUGGGACUCUGUGUUAUUUGAUUACUGUGGCGCCAACAGAUUGUAGUUUAAGAGUAAAAUAUAAGCACAAAUAAAUUCUCACUUGAGACUUGCUUCAGGUUGACAUCAGUCAUGUUUCCCUCAUAUUUCUUAAAGGGAAUUAAAGUACACCUGUGUUAUAGCAAGCAUUGCAUGCUGUAGACCAAAUACUGCACCACUAAAAAGUAUUUAUAUUCAUGAUCAUUUGUUUCAUGUCCAAUGAGGCAUUUUGACAAAUACAUUAUAUUUCCCCCUAAAUAAUCUAUGAACUUUAUUUUGCUGCUUACAAAAGGACUGAUCUUCUCUGUUUUGUGUGCAGUGUUAGAUUUAUUUAAGUCGCCAUAAAAGAAAUGGUUAAAAUCAAAGUAAAGGCCAAAAACUGCACUGAGAUUCAAUUCAUAGAAUGAAUCUGACUUUGUCGUUUUUGUACUAAACUGUUGUAGGAUGAUUCAUUUUACGUGGGAAGUCCAUAUUGAGUGAAAAACAGAUGGAUCAUCCGUUUGAUAAAUGUUCAAAACUGGCAGUUUUUGGACUGGUCUUCUGUGAAGAGUAACCUUGUAUUCUGCUGAUAUGUGAUGUAAAUAAAUGUUGCAGAAAACAUGGUAUGUUUUCAGUUGGUGUUAGCAA